UAAUAAUAUGCAGAUAAGAAAAUCAAAUAAAGUAGUAGUGAAUAGGAUUGAGAAAGUGAACUCAGAAUUAUUGACUUUAACUUAUGGUGCAAUAGUUUCCCAAAUAAUCAAGGAUAGUGACACUGUAAUUGAAGCGAAUGAAUAAUUGGAGAAGAUGGGUUUUAAUAUUGGAUAGAGAAUCAUUGAUGAAUACCUUUCAAAAGCAGAAAUCAAGUAAUGCAGAGACAAGAUUGAUGUUGCAGAAAAUAUCGGCAAGGUUUUUUAUUAUCGUAAAGAUAGGGAGCCAUGUAAAUGUUUCUUGGAGUGACAGCUGAAGUAGAAGUGUUACCUGAGACUGAUAAGAUAUUCACUUUUAACUUGCAUUUCACUGAAAAUCCGUUGAAUGACUUUGUAGAGUUGCCAGAACAUUUGCAAGGACUCAAUUACUCGAACAUGAUUGCAGGAGCCAUCAGAGGAGCUUUGUCAACUGUAUUGCAUAUAACAAUUAAUGUAGAUUCAUUGGAUAGCUACUUGUAGAUUCUUGAAAGAUCAAUUGAAAAAUGAUGAUAAGACUAUUUUGCAAGUGGAAAUGAUUAGAGAAAAGUUCAAAGAUGAUGAAUGAUUAAU